AUGUCUCGUCGAAAGCAAGCGAAGCCCCAGCAUCUCAAGUCGGACGAGGAGCUGCAGGCGGAGGUAGUUUCUGAGCACGCAGUCCCAGGAGAAGGAGCAGAUGACGGUGAUAGUGGGAAUGAAAGCAGGAGUGGAAGUGAAGAAACCAACAUUUGCGAAAAAUGCUGUGCAGAAUUCUUCAAGUGGACAGACUUCCUGGAGCACAAGAAGAAUUGCACUAAAAACCCACUGGUGUUGAUUGUGAAUGAAGAUGAAGCAGCACCGCCUGCCUCUGAAGAAUUCCCCGAACCCUCGCCUGCUAGUUCUCCUAGUGAUCAGGCAGAGAGUGAGGCUGCUGAAGAAAGUGUUCAGCCAGAGAACAACGAGAGCUGUGAGAUAAAAAACACUGAAAAGGAAGAAGAGCCGAUGGAGGUUGAAACUUCUAUGGAAAAGAGUUUCCAGAAUCAAGGCACCUCAAACACAGCUACUCCUCUACCUCAGAUUCCUGAAUCAUCUUCCAUGACAAAUUAUAACAUGCCAAACACUAAUGUUACAUUAGAGACUCUACUGAGUACUAAAGUGGCAGUUGCACAGUUUUCACAGAAUGCAAGGUCUGCAGCUUCUGCAAACACAAACAGUGGGGUUACUGCAAUGGCCAUCCCAAUGAUUCUAGAGCAGCUGAUGGCAUUGCAACAGCAACAAAUUCACCAGCUCCAGCUAAUUGAACAGAUCCGCAGUCAGGUGGCAAUGAUGAAUCGACCGCCGUUACGUCCCUCUCUGAACCCAAUAGUUCCUUCCCAGAAUACUCCUGUGCAAGCUUCUAACCAGCUCCAAGGAUUUGCAGCAAAUUCUGCUCUUCAGCUAACCAUAGUUCCUCCUACCAUUGUGGCACAAGCCACUAGCAAUCAGUCUUCUGCCUUUGAGGGUUCUCAGCACAUCUCAAGGCCUACAUCUGGAGCAAGCACUCCUAAUAUACCCAGCAAUGGCUCUUCUGCCCCAGCUGAAUCAAGUGCACCCUCCUCCUCUAAUGCAAUUACGUCAGUCACUCCUGCUUCUGCGUCAAAUACUAAUAGUUCUUCACAGCCCCCAAAUGCUUCAACUCCACCUUCAGUAGGACAUGGAAAUCUCACCUCAGCUUCCAGCCUGCCAAACCCACUUCUACCUCAGACUUCAUCAAAUAGUGUGAUCUUCCCCAACCCACUGGUUAGCAUUGCUGCAACAGCUAAUGCAUUAGAUCCUCUAUCUGCCCUUAUGAAGCACCGCAAAGGAAAGCCACCAAAUGUGUCAGUGUUUGAACCCAAGUCAAGCUCGGAGGAUCCAUUUUUUAAACAUAAAUGUAGAUUUUGUGCCAAGGUCUUUGGAAGUGACAGUGCUUUACAAAUACACCUACGGUCACACACAGGAGAGAGACCUUUUAAAUGUAACAUUUGUGGAAAUCGCUUUUCCACAAAAGGCAAUCUGAAAGUUCAUUUUCAGAGACAUAAGGAGAAGUAUCCCCACAUUCAAAUGAAUCCAUAUCCUGUUCCAGAAUACCUCGACAAUGUGCCCACUUGCUCUGGAAUUCCAUAUGGAAUGUCACUGCCUCCUGAAAAACCAGUUACAACAUGGUUGGAUAGUAAGCCUGUGUUACCGACUGUUCCAACUUCUAUUGGGCUACAGCUUCCUCCCACUCUACCUGGUGUUAACAGUUAUGGAGAUUCUCCAAGUAUUACUCCUAUGAGCAGGUCACCCCAGAGGCCAUCUCCUGCUUCGAGUGAAUGUACUUCUUUAUCUCCAAGCCUAAACAAUUCUGAAUCUGGCAUUCCAGUGUCUGCUGACUCACCACAACCAAUUCAUAGUGGCUCUUCUCUGACUAAAACCGAACCGGUCACACUGCCUCCCACAAAUGCAAGGUUAGCAGACCUUACUGUAAGCGGGCAAGUUUGUACCGCUUCCACAUCUUCAAUUCCUACUGCUGUUACAGAUAGCAGCAUUUCAACAAGCCUCUCAAACCCCGUGCUUCCAGCAAUGUCUGACCAGUUCAAGGCAAAGUUUCCAUUUGGUGGUCUACUAGAUUCUAUGCAAACAUCAGAAACCUCAAAACUACAACAGCUAGUAGAGAACAUUGAUAAGAAGAUGACAGAUCCAAAUCAAUGUGUCAUUUGUCACCGUGUGCUUAGUUGUCAGAGUGCUCUCAAGAUGCAUUACAGAACACAUACAGGCGAAAGACCAUUUAAAUGCAAAAUUUGUGGACGUGCCUUUACUACAAAAGGCAAUCUAAAAACACAUUUUGGAGUUCAUCGAGCGAAGCCACCACUAAGAGUACAACAUUCAUGUCCCAUUUGUCAGAAGAAAUUUACAAAUGCUGUUGUUCUCCAGCAACAUAUUCGUAUGCAUAUGGGUGGACAAAUUCCAAACACACCAUUACCAGAGGGCUUCCAAGAUGCAAUGGACUCAGAGCUUUCCUAUGAUGAAAAGAAUGUUGAAACACUGAGCAACUACGAUGAUGACAUUGAUGAAAAUUCUAUGGAAGAGGACCCAGAAUUAAAGGACACAGCAAGUGACUCAUCCAAACCACUUAUAUCUUACUCCGGGUCUUGUCCUCCUUCACCGCCUUCUGUAAUUUCCAGUAUUGCUGCUCUGGAGAAUCAAAUGAAAAUGAUUGAUUCUGUCAUGAACUGUCAGCAGCUGACCAGUUUAAAAUCCAUAGAAAAUGGAUCAGGUGAAAGUGACCAUUUGAGCAAUGAUUCCUCAUCAGCUGUUGGUGAUCUCGAAAGCCAGAGUGCAGGCAGCCCUGCGAUGUCAGAAUCUUCUUCCUCCAUGCAAGCUUUGUCUCCUGUAAACAGCAAUAGUGAAAGUUUUAGAUCAAAGUCCCCAGGUCUUAGCAACCAGGGAGAACCACAGGAAAUACAAUUAAAGACAGAAAAACCUGAUAGUCCACCAUCUGCUACUGAAAAUGGAGGUGCUUUAGAUCUGACAUCCACCAACCCGGGAAGACCAGUCAUCAAAGAGGAGGCUCCUUUUAGCCUGCUGUUCCUGAACAGAGAACGUGGUCCCAGCCAAAGUACUCCUAGCCUGGUCACCAGCACUGCGCCUACCAUGAUCAAAAUGGAAGUGAAUGGUCACAGCAAGCCGAUCUCACUGGGUGAGGUUCCCUCGCUUCCAGCUGGAAUCCACGUUCCUCCUGCACCACAGACAGUGAUGAGUCCAGGCAUCACUCCUAUGCUGGCACCCCCGCCACGUCGGACUCCCAAGCAACACAACUGUCAAUCGUGUGGGAAGACCUUCUCCUCAGCAAGUGCACUACAGAUACAUGAACGCACCCAUACUGGUGAAAAGCCAUUUGGUUGCACAAUCUGUGGUAGAGCUUUUACCACAAAAGGGAAUCUUAAGGUUCACAUGGGAACUCAUAUGUGGAAUAAUGCCCCUGCAAGACGUGGUCGUCGACUAUCCGUGGAAAACCCAAUGGCUUUGUUAGGUGGUGACGCUCUGAAGUUUUCUGAAAUGUUCCAAAAGGAUUUGGCAGCUCGAGCAAUGAAUGUUGACCCAAAUUUUUGGAACCAGUAUGCUGCAGCUAUCACUAACGGACUUGCUAUGAAGAACAAUGAGAUUUCUGUCAUACAGAACGGAGGCAUUCCCCAACUCCCAGUAAGUUUAGGUGGAAGUGCCAUUCCAUCUUUAAGUAACAUUACCAGUGGCAUGGACAAAGCUCGCACUGGCAGCAGCCCUCCCAUUGUCGGUCUGGACAAAGCAAGUUCUGAAACUGGAGCCAGUCGCCCAUUCACAAGAUUUAUUGAGGAUAACAAAGAGAUUGGCAUAAAUUAA